AUGGUGGCUCAAAUAAGUUUAACACGAGUGCUGGUUGAUGUCUUUAUUCUGGCCCUUCUCGCAUUUCCACUCCUCAUCUUCCAAUUUUGGGUGAAACCGUACAAACGUGGGUUUUAUUGCGACGAUGAAUCACUUCGUUAUCCAUACCGAGCUUCAACAGUUUCCAGAUAUAUGCUUAUUGUUGUCGGUCUUUUCAUUCCAGCUAGUUUGAUAGUAUUCACUGAACUAUUUCGGGCUUUCUUCUGGGAGAAAAAGCGUACUGAAUAUUUCAGUAAUUACAAACUGAAACGAUAUCCAGUGCAUCGUUUUCUGGUACGAUUAUACAUAUUUCUUGGUUAUUUCUUACUUGGCGUGAUUUUCAACCAGUUAUUAGUUGAUAUAGCUAAGUACACUAUUGGUCGUCAUCGCCCGCACUUCAUCGAUAUUUGUCGGCCAGUGAAGAAUAGCAUAGACUACUCCAACAACUGCCCGACCGAUCACAGAUACAUAACUGAUUUUGAAUGUAGCGGCGAUAAUCAAGUGUUAAUAACUGAGUCAAUGUUGUCGUUCUACUCUGGGCACACAGCAUUCAGCUUUUUCGGGGCCUGGUUCACAACGUUGUACCUUCAAGCUCGGCUCUAUCGUCCUUUAUACAGCCGUCUGAUUCUUCCUAUCAUCCAAUUCGGACUGUUUGGAGGAGCAGCUUACGUUGGUUUUACUCGAGUUUCAGACUACAAGCACCACUGGUCAGAUGUACUGGUUGGCGCCCUCAUCGGGUCCGCCAUUGGUAUAGUUGUGGCUCUUUUUGUUGCCGAAGUUUUCAAACGCCGUGAGAUCCCGAAAUGUGAGGAACGACUUUGCCAUCCGACAAUGGGUUGUAUGGUAGAGAAGCCGAAUAUAGACGUUGAGGGAGGCGUUCGCCAAGGAGGAGCCGUUUUGCAACCUGUAACUUCCCAGACUGUUACAGUGACUCAUGAGCUUGCGCCAAGCUUACCUGAUUACGAUGAUGCCUCACAUCCAAGCCAGCGGUUGUAA